CUGCUCACGUCUCAUACCCCACAGUGUACUUCGGGUGGCCAUGUGGAUCAUCGGAUGGGGCGCCCUCAUCGGGAACCUCAUUGUCAUCUUUGUCCGGUUCAGGGAAGAGAAAAAUUCUGGGAAUAGUGUCCAAAGAAUGUUCAUAACGAAUCUUGCUCUGGCUGAUUUUCUGAUGGGUGUGUACAUGGUGACAAUCGCCUCUGUGGAUAUAUUUUAUGGUGACGGGUACUUCCUUUCGGCACCAAUCUGGCGUGAGUCACACCUCUGUCGUUGGGCAGGGUUCGUGGCUCUUCUCUCAAGCGAAAGCACAGUCUUCCUGUUGGCUCUUAUCACCAUAGACCGAUUCAUCUGCAUCUCUUUUCCCUUUGGUACUGUCCGUUUCCACCGUUCAUCUGGACGAGUCGGUGUUGGUCUGGUGUGGAUUCUGACAUUCACUCUCAGUUUAGCCCCGCUCAUGAUUGGAUUAUACAGUUCAGACUUCUAUGGUUUGUCGGAUGUCUGCGUGGGGCUACCUUUCAAUACAUACAUUGAACGAACCGGCCGCAUCACAUACUCCUCAUCCGCAAACAUUUACGAGUUUAUCGCUGAUGGGGAGACCGAACAACGUCCCUACUGGCUAUAUUCUAUAGCUCUUUUCCUCGGUAUUAACUUUAUUCUCCUGAUCCUCAUUUUCUUCUGCUACUUAGUGAUCUUUCUCCAAGUACGAAGGUCUGCCAAGAUUUCUGGAUCAGAGAGGGUGAAGCGAGAGAUGCGCAUGACGGCCAAGAUGGCGCUGAUCGUCGGUACAGAUUUCUGUUGUUGGAUGCCUGUCAUUAUCAUGGGAAUUCUCUCACAAACGGGUGUCACGGAGCUCCCGGUGUCUCUAUACGCUUGGGCUGUGGUGUUUCUCUUGCCAAUCAACUCGACCCUGAAUCCGUAUCUGUACUCAUUUGUGGCGCUCUGCUCCAAGAAAAGGGACAGGCAGUUUCCGCUAACAAACUUCAGCAUCAACAAGAUCAAAGCUCCCGAAAACACAUGA